CUAGUAUUCUUUGUAUUUACAUUAAUUCAAUCGCUCUAUCAUUCCCGAAUCAAACAUUUUAGUUUUUGUUAUUCUUAAAACUCUAAGCUCUCAAAUAAAGAUAAACCAAACAAAGUACAAAAUAGAAGACAAAUGUUAAGAUAAAAAUGAAUUUAAUACGUAUAGUUCUAUUUAUUGGCGUGUUAAACAUAGUAGUUUCAGCGCAGUACAACCAAUUAGAGCAAAAUAAAUGUAUUAUCCCGAGAAUUCUUCAAGGAAGCUGGUUUUCGUGGGAAACUGGUAAGCCUACACAAACAGUCAUAGAUGCCACAAAAAUGUCAAAGCGUGGUAUAUGUGUAACAAUGUCUCAUCAUGGAGAUGAGUAUUCGUUUGUUUUCAAAGAACGGUCAGGGGACUGUUAUCACUGCGUUCGUACAAUUAUAAGAACAUUGAACGUGUUUGAGAAAGUGGAAGGACCCUGCGUUUCUAUACCACAAGGAACCGAGCCAAGCGUAGAAAAUGUUUGCAAAGGCAUUAAGGAUGACCGACAACUCGUAACAUUGUUUAAUGAAAAUUUUGUACCCAUAAAUUGUCGCUCAUCUUUGGAAGGCGUGUGGCAUUUCACAUAUCAAAAUCGUUUUCGAUUUACAGGCGUGUGUAAUAAGCCGGAUGCCCGUAUCCAAUCGUGCCAAACUGCUGGUACUCAGUUCUUAAUUCAAAAUCAAAAAUUUAAUGUCACUUAUCAGCAGUGUGAAGGUAUGGAAGGCACGUUUACGGGAAUCGUAGAAUACAGUUGUUUGGGAGACUGGUUCGUUGGAAAAAAUCAUUAUUUUGCUGUGGCAAACACAAAGGAAUCACGAAAAGAUGAGAAAUAUCGCUGUUUUCUUAAAAAUCGAGAUGAUGACCUGUACAUUGGUGUAUCCAUUACAGCUGAGUGUAAUACACUGAAAACACCAGAAAACUCUCCAGAACGUCUUAAGCUUACUCCUGUGAAAGCUGAAUACGUUGAGCCUGGAUGCACGCUACCUCAAAACUUUUCGGGAGAAUGGGUAAAUACAGCGAAUAUUGAUGCAGAUGUAUCUAUAAGUGAAACCCACAUCAAUGAAACAUACUAUCCCGAUAGAGCACGUUAUCGCCGUACAAUUUAUGUGUGCCGUGAACGAAGAGAUAAUCGAAUAAUGAUGGCUCGCUUAACCGUGGACGGUUGCCAAAAAGAUUAUGUGUGUUUCGAUUUUCAACCACGCCACCAUAAUAUCAUACGAUAUCGCAAGGGAUUAGCUGUUAUUAAAGAUGAUUUCAGCACAGUAUGUUCAUGGGUGCAAUUUAAAAACGCAGAAUCAUGGAAAUAUGACUUGUUUUUGGCAAAAAAUCCGGUGCCAGUACGUUGUCCAGUGGCAGGAAAAUUUAAUUUCACACAACGUGGAGAACAUCCAUUUAGAACAAGAAUUCUAGGAGGUGUAACAUUGAGUCCUCGGCCAAAUAUUCACUGCAAACAAAAUAUCUCUGAUUUAUCAGUAUGUGAUACUGACCAAAAGGAGAUGGCUGUUGAUGAAAACUACUGUCUGUCCGUCGAUCACUUGGGAAGACCUGUCGACAUAUACAGUGACCCCGAUUACCGCAUGAAAUGCAUUGGUUUUUGGAAAGAGAAUCUGAAAUCUUACCUUAUAACUUAUGAUGAUUUAGAUCCACUAUCUAAAUAUCGGUGUUGGGUCUAUCAGCGUGCAGACUUAAAUCGCGUGUUAAUGUCACAAGCGGUUGGAGCUUUUUGCAAACUAAAUCAAGAUGUCACAUCUUGGAAUCACACAGAAGGUGCAGCAGUGGCCAUUGAUGCCAUAGAAUACGAAAGAGAGCGUGAUGAUUGUCCUAUGUAUUUCGAUGAUGGUGCAUACCCGUGGAAGGAUUCAGAUGCGUCCAAUAUUAUAUUUGAUUGGGAUUUCUAUAAGGCUGCAGCCAAUCCUGCUUUUUCAUACUCAUAUGGCUUAUUUUUAUUUAUCUUCAGUUUUAUACUGUGCUAGGACUUAAAGAUGCACCAUAUAUCAGCUGUCACAAAUUACUUUUUGCUGAUAUAUAAUUGAAAUAUUUCACUAUGCAAUGAGCAUUGGAAUAGUCAUCAAUCUCUGAUCGCGUAUCAAUUACGAUUUUACAAACUCGAAUGUGUCUUAUUAGCGUUUUAGGAAAAAUUAUAAUGUAAUAUGUAUUCAUGUCCAAGUUUACAUCACAGAUGUAUGCUUUCCGUCCAUUUUAUUAGACUUAAGUCGAAAAUUGUCAAUACAAACCACUUUUUAAUAAAAUUAUAAAAUUCCGAACAAGAUA